CCUCAGCACGUCCUGUGCGUCCCCGUCACUCACUCCACACUCGUGCUAUUAAAAGUAGCCGCGUGUUGGCCCGGCUGCCUAUUUAUAAACCUGAGGGCUCGCCGACUGGCCGGGGCAAGUCAUGGAGCCGCCGCACUGUUUACUGAGCUGCCUGUGUGUCUUGCUGCUCCGACAUGGCUUGUGUCAACCAUACCUGCACCUCCGGCCGGUGCCCAGUGACAGCCUGCCCGUGCUGGACAUCAUCGAGCAGCCGGACCCAGACAGCGACCCGAAGGAUAGCGACCUGGACGAGCGCACGCUGCGGAAACGGCUGGGAAGUCACUUCGACCCGGGCUUCAUGUCCAUCACUCUGCCCGACGCCGACCCCUCGGCGCCCCGAGACCCCGGCGGCCGCCUCAAGCCGCUGGGCGCGUUGCCCAACGACAUCAAGAGGCUGGAUGUGUCCGAGACGCCUUACGGCAGGAGGAUGAAGCUGGGCAAGAAGGCGCGGCGGAGGUUGCAACAGUGGCUCUGGUCGUAUACCUACUGCCCGGUCGUGUACACUUGGAAAGACCUGGGAGGCCGCUUCUGGCCGCGCUUUGUCAAAGAGGGGAACUGCUAUAACGAGAGGUCGUGCUCAUUCCCGGAAGGAAUGCUGUGUAAACCUGUCAAAUCCAUCAGCAAAACGUUCUUGAGAUGGUAUUGCCAGGGCUGGUCCAAACCGCGCUACUGCACAUGGAUACCUGUACAAUACCCAGUCAUUUCCGAGUGCAAGUGUACGUGCUGAUGCGGCGAACUCAUAAACAUGGUCUAUAGUAUAACAGCGCCGUUAGUCAAAUCUAUUUUUAUAUAUCGCAUCCUAAAGAAGCCCCUGCUUUGUAUCUAUAUAACACAGAGAUUUAACGUUGGCGAUCAUCGUGGAUUAUUUGAGGGGCAGCGAACGGACCAGACUCAGACCAGCCCAGAGGAGAGGGAAUAAUGGUGCACCUCCCGGCGCUUCUGGACUCUCGAUGCUGCCGAGAUAUUUUUUGUAAUAUAAUUAUUAUUAUAAAAAGUUGAGGUGAAGAUAUUACAGAGCUUAACUCAGCUUUCCAAUACAUAGAGUGUAGAUGAGUAAAAACGUGUCCAGUUAUUUAUUUCUUUACCGUUUGUUGAUAAUAACCUAGGCGAUAUCGUGGCAUUGGAGAUGUUUACUUGAAUAUACUUUCUAAAAAACAUAUCAAUGUAAAUAUAAUGGUUCACUGUUUUUAGCAAUAAAGUCUCAUCUUUGAAACAAAGAUUUUGGAAUGUGAUCGGAUCCGAAGUGGAGUGGAUCCCGGAGCGAUGGGGGCUGUGACCGUCUCAGUAACUCGGAGCGCGGCUGAGACGUCCCAGUCCCCCCGUGGGAAACGCGCUCCGCUCCUCUCCCCCGGCCUGGGGCGGCGAGUGUCGGGCAGGCAGGUGAGGCCGGAUACUAGUGUGAACGGAGCGCGGGGUUUGCCCGUCACUUUCAACCAUCGCCUGUGUAGUUGGGGAUAGCAAGACUAGCAGGAGCUGGGCCGAGCGGCCACGGGGGUCGGUUUCAACCCAGACUGGCCACCGAAGCGACAAAAAUUGCUUUAAACUUUGCUGCGGGGAAAGAAAUUGCAUCGCCGACACUGGAGAGAUGGGUCCGGGCGAAGCUGAGGGCAAAAGCAGGUGAAAAAAAUAUCAGAAUCGUGAAAUAUAAACAAAUAAAAAAAGAUGUUUUUAAUUUGGAAUGCGGCCAGUGAGAUGGGGACACGUUGUCUGGGCAUUUGCGCGGGCGCGCUCUCUCUCCCCCCUCGCUCACAAACAGAGAUAUUUAUACAGCCAAACACAGUGGAAAGGAGAGGUUCGCUGACAGAACGGGCGAUUGAUAAGACGCCCAGUCAAUGGUUUUAACGGACUAACUGUUCCUCGCAUCCGCGUU